AUGGUAUAUUCCCCAUAUUAGCCCUUAAUAGACCCAAAACACUACAGCAAUUUAUCGAUUGUCUUAACAUUUAUUGGGUUUUGUUUCUUAUCAGAUUUUAUAAUUUAUUAAUUUACUAAAUAAAAAGAAUAAAGAGCAUUAACAAAAGAGUUGGCAAUUGGGUUUUUUACAGCUCUGUUUCUAUCCUCCGGCACAGUAUUCACAUUUUUAGCUUUAGGGUUGUAUUUUUGA